CAUGGUCUAUGGCUAAGGAGGUUGCACUGGCUACGACAUGGCUGCAGUAGUUAACGAUGUUCUAGAAGAUUCAGUUUAUGAUGCCCAAAGAACCACUCUUCUCGACGUAAUCGAAGAAAGAAAUAGAUCGCUCAGUAAGAAGUCUAUGCUGCAUAGGCUAGUAUAUCUUGCAAAGUUCAGAAGCCCCAAGACAGGCAGAGAUGAGUUGGGGCCAUAUUAUGAAAAACAGUUGAGGGCUGCACAUGCGAGCAAUGGCUUGCAAGGGGAACACAUCACUGGCCUGCUUCUUAUAUACCAAAAUCAUGUAGUACAUAUUAUGGAGGGUUCAUCAGAAAUGUUAAUGCAGAUGAUAAGAGGACUGGAUGGGCAAACCAGCAAUAUGACUGGUCUUUUUAUAGAGACCAAAGUACUUAUUGUUUCUCAUGAUAUCCCUAGCCGCCUGUAUGAAACCUGGCAAUAUAGAGUAUUGACAAUGACCUUGGCCCGACUAGAAGAAUAUAAGACUCAUGAAACGAUUGAGACUACAGUCAUAGAGAGCCUGACAACGCUACUUAAACUUGGCAGCCACAUUGCUAAGCAACCAAAGGUGCACAGGAAGGCUGUAUUAGACUCUCUUCAAGAAAAGGUGCCAGAAUUGCUACUACAGCAAGAUGUGAUUGUCUAUCUUCUACAAAGCAAAGAGCUGUGCACACCUUCUCAGUACCUUGAGGCUUACGACAGCCCACUCAACGUCGUACUGGAUGCAGAUUUGACCUGGCCCAUAGCUACACGUCUCUACCCAUACAACUAGGCAGAGCAGCUUCCACAAGUGUAUUUGAAAAGCGUUCGUGAGAAAUGUCGUGGUAUGCCUGUGUUUGUUUCACAUUGCAUUAUACCUGGUAGUAGUUGAUUGAACUGCACACGAAGAGUUAUCACUGUGCAAAAACUAAACACGUAGGUGGUCCACGAAAUUUGAAUUUUAUGUCAUGAAAAAUAAACACUAUUGCAGUACAAAUGUA